AAUUGAAUUUUUUAGAAAUCUCAUUCUAGUGAUUUAUACCACACUUUUUUUUUUUGACUCGAUUUAAUGAACAUCAUCUAUUCAUACAUUAUAGUUCCCUCCUUGGAUCUGCAGUCUGUCCAAAGUAGCGCGCAAUAAUCGACACUAAAUACAUUAAUAAGCUUCUCCAUCGUACUUGAUUGUCUCCAAUCUCCUCUUGAAGUUGAUGGAAAUUAAAUAAUGGAAGCUAUUUUUCAAAGAUCAGUUUCACAGCGGCCAAAUCGUAGGGCUGACCCUGAGGCUCUUAAUCAGAAAGAGAAGGAUUCUGAAGAGGGGUUCUUUUCGUCUGGGAAGUUAUCAGCUGAGUAUCCAUUGAGGAUGUUGUGGAAAAAGGGUUUUAUUCGGUUGCUUCUUGUUGCAGGCGUGGUUUGGAUGAUGCUCAUUCUUUCUGUACUGUUAUUCCAUAUUUGGUCAUGUCAAUCUUCCAUAGGUUUCUUUUCAGCUGUUUGUAAUAGAGAGGGAAAAGUAUUUAUUAUGCUAGACUCAAUGGGAUUUGUACCAAGAUCACCACAUCGCUGUUCUGUUCCUGUGGUUGAUGACCCUGAUGCAGUAGUUAUACCAAAGGCUAAGACACCUGAUACAAUUGUGCGAAACCUAACCUUCAUUGUGGAGGAUGAAGAAACAGAUAGUGUAUCAACCCCUUUAUUUGGAGGGAAUAUAAGCUGGGCACAAAGAGAGGAUAGUUUCAAAUUGAAGCCAAUCAUGAAGGUCCACUGUGGGUUUAUGCGUAAUGGUGGUGGUGAUAUGGAUCCAAAAGAUACAGAGUAUGCCAAGAAGUGUAGGUUUGUAGUUGCAUCUGGUAUAUUUGAUGGAUAUGAUACACCGCAUCAACCUUCUAAUAUCAGCGAUCGAUCACAAAAGAUUUUCUGUUUUCUUAUGGUGGUCGAUGAGAAGUCCUUUGACUUCAUCAAGAAAAAUGUCUCAGUAAGUGUGGACACUGAUGGGGGCCAUUGGGUGGGGAUCUGGCGUCUUGUCCUUCUGAAGCAUCAACCAUACGAUGAACCCAGGAGAAACGGGAAAGUUCCUAAAAUAUUAGUACACAGAUUGUUUCCAGAAGCGCAGUAUAGCAUUUGGAUUGAUGGUAAAAUGGAGCUUAUAGUUGAUCCACUGCUUAUGUUGGAGAGAUAUUUAUGGCGAGGUAAGCACACAUAUGCUAUUGCACAGCACAAGCAUCAUCGUAAUGUGUUUGAGGAAGCUGAUGCAAACAAGCGUAGGAAGCGAUAUGCCCGACCACUUAUUGAUCUUCAGAUGAAAAUUUAUCGUUAUGAAGGAAUGGAACCUUGGAGUCCGUUGAAAAGUACUCCUAGCGAUGUGCCUGAAGGAGCAAUUAUCAUCCGGGAGCAUACUGCUUUGAACAAUCUAUUUAGCUGCUUAUGGUUCAAUGAGGUUCAUCUCUUCACACCAAGAGACCAAUUAAGCUUUGGCUAUGUUGUUUACAGGCUGAAAAAUAAGUUCAAGUUUUAUAUGUUUCCAAACUGUGAGUAUAACGCACAAUUUGUCUUGCAUCCCCACACUCGAGAGCAUUCUUCAAAGGUUGAGUGGGUCAAGUCUUUGAGUGAGUUCAAGUCAAAUAGUGAUUUGAGAGAAAGUAGAGGGGGAUUCGGGUUGUGGACUCCCUACCCUGCUGAUCUUACUAAAGUUGUCUUGCCAACCGUUGUAAGAACAUCAAAAGCUGGAUGAAAACUGAAUUCAGAUAUGAAAUUGAUUUUUCCUCGUC